CAGCCACUCCUCACAACCGGGACAGACAGCCACAGUGCUUGCGGAUGGACAGACGGACACUGGGGCGAGUGUGUCACGAACCGAAAGUCUAUUGGACCCCUGUCAAACGUAUUCAUAGGACCGGGGUGUGUCUAGGCCAUAGAGUUUGCUUGCAACUGUGCUGUCACUCAAACUCAUGGCUGUCUCGUAAUUGGCAAAUUAUGGUGCCAUGUCCCGCCCCUCCUGGGUGGCAGUUGUGUAGAAAUGAUACGGUGGGAGGGCUUGGUUCUUCAAACGGAUGAACUCGAGGUGUACCUGACAGACGCACAGAGAGUCGGAGAAUUGGAAGACUUGGACUUUAUAUAUAUAUAUACACUGUACUGUACUCUGAACGAGGGAAAAACAGCAGCGGAUUAAAAUGAAAAGGAAUCACGAUUUUAGCUCAUCGGACAGCGAGCUGGACGAGAACAUUGAGGUUGAGAAGGAGAGUGCCGAUGAAAAUGGGAACGUGAGUUCACCCCUUGGGCCGAUGUCUCCAUCAACAAAAACUCAAGUGAAUGCGAGAAAGCGCCGCCGAGGAAUCAUUGAAAAACGGCGCCGCGACAGAAUCAACAACAGCCUCACGGAGCUGCGUAGACUGGUCCCCAGCGCGUUUGAGAAGCAGGGUUCAGCUAAACUGGAGAAAGCAGAGAUUCUACAGAUGACGGUGGAACAUCUGAAGAUGCUUCAUGCUGCUGGAGGAAAAGGAUACUUUGAUGCCCGUGCUCUGGCCACGGACUACCGAGGUCUGGGUUUCAGGGAGUGUCUGGCUGAGACAGCCCGCUACUUGAGCAUCAUCGAGGGGCUGGACAGCGCUGACCCCCUGAGGAUCCGCCUGGUCUCCCACCUGAACAGCUACACCUCCCAGAGAGAGGCCCUCUCCAUCUCUGGGCUGGGGCACCUGGCCUGGGGCUCGGCCUUCGGGUCACCCCCCUCCGCCCACCUGGCCCACCUCCUCCUCCGGCAGCAGCACCAUCAACAUCAGCAGGGGGCGACGUUACAGUUACCACAGAGCGCCUCCAACAGCCCUCCGUCAUCCUCCUCUUCUACUCCUUCAUCCUCCUCCUCUCCAAUUGAGAGAGCGCCACGUUCCUCGCCCCAUGGCCAUGCUCCCAGCAGGCUUAGCGGUGCCACCCCCCUCUCCGAGCACAGCCACGCCCAGGGCCCUCGCCAUGUCCCCCCCAGCGCUGCCCCCCUCCCCCCCAGCGCUGCCCCCCUCCCCCCAGGACUGAACCUCACCGUGACCUCCUCAGCCGCCGUGACCGCCAAGCUCUCCCCUCCCCUCUCUCUGUCCUCUCUCUCCACCCUGUCGGCGUUCCCCUUCCCCUUCAGUGCCUUCCCCCUGCUGUCCCCCAGCACCCUCAGCUCCCCUGCCUACACCCCCGCCAGCCAGGCCAGCCUGGGGAAGCAGCCCUACCGGCCCUGGGGCAUGGAGAUAGGGGCUUUCUGAACGAUCUUUAACCCCCCUCCACACAGACUAAACUGACCAUAUAGAUCAAUAGAGGUCGCACCAUCACUAUGAACUCAACUCAGUUCACCAGCUGAGCAGGACCUUUCCAUGGCCAAGACAAUGUUUUUCUAGACCUUUCCAUGGCCAAGACAAUGUUUUUCUAGACCUUUCCAUGGCCAAGACAAUGUUUUUCUAGACCUUUCCAUGGCCAAGACAAUGUUUUUCUAGACCUUUCCAUGGCCAAGACAAUGUUUUUCUAGACCUUUCCAUGGCCAAGACAAGAUUAUGUUUUUCUAGACCUUUCCAUGGCCAAGACAAGAUUAUGUUUUUCUAGACCCUUCCAUGGCCAAGACAAGAUUAUGUUUUUCUAGACCUUUCCAUGGCCAAGACAAGAUUAUGUUUUUCUAGACCCUUCCAUGGCCAAGACAAGAUGGAGUUUUUCUAUCUCACAUCCUAUAGAGGAUUUCUUAGAAAUUGUGUUUCAAAUCAAAGUUUGUUGGUCA